GCUCAUUGGAGAAGCUCAGGCCUUCCCGUUCACACUCUCUGUAACUUUGCUCCUCGGCGGGAUUAUUAUUGUCUGACCGCUGGACUUCCGCAGGUUUAUUCAACGUUCGCGGCUCGGUUUGUCGGUUUCCGGUUCUGCUCGUCGGGUUUCUGUCGGAUCUUCAGAGUCUGGCUAGCGAGCACAGCUAACCGCAGCUAGCCGGAUAAACCUGCUCUGUCCUCGGCCUCAGGAGCACAUCACAACACACUAUGGCAUUAAAACGAAUUCACAAGGAAUUGACUGAUCUGGGUCGGGAUCCUCCAGCGCAGUGCUCCGCGGGACCCGUCGGCGAUGACUUGUUUCACUGGCAAGCUACAAUUAUGGGUCCUAAUGACAGUCCAUAUCAAGGCGGUGUGUUUUUCUUGACUAUUCAUUUUCCUACAGACUACCCUUUCAAACCACCUAAGGUUGCGUUCACCACAAGAAUUUAUCACCCAAAUAUUAACAGUAAUGGCAGCAUCUGUUUGGAUAUUCUAAGGUCACAGUGGUCUCCUGCAUUAACUAUCUCUAAAGUUCUUUUGUCCAUCUGCUCGCUGUUAUGUGAUCCAAACCCAGAUGAUCCGUUAGUGCCAGAGAUAGCACGUAUCUAUAAAACAGACAAUGAAAAGUACAACAGAAUAGCUCGGGAAUGGACUCAAAAAUACGCCAUGUGAUACCAGAGGAGCCAAUCUGCAGUAUAGCUGGAAAAAAAAUCAACUUUUCUUAUUAUUUUCUUCUCCUCCUUUACUUUGUUUUUGUUGUUCUUCCCUCAACGAAUUGACGGAUCCGGUGUAAAUCCAGACCAUAUCAGCUCUGCUCAGUCCUCCCGACCCCAUCAGCAGUCAUUCAAUCACACUGUAAAAACACAACGAGACCACAACAUGAUAAAGACCCACACUUUGUUUGGUGUUCAGAAAACGCUCGUGUCAAAGAAGCAUGUUUUAACUACGAGCUCAGCCAUUUUUUAUUACGGUACACACAGAGUGAAACGCUUCUGACUCCCGCCACUGGCUAUAGAGGUGCUAUUCAAGAAGUCGAUCUUUUGCUUUCAUGUUUUUAUAUGCUUUUACAAUAGCAAUGAGAACUUCGGUCUGUGAAAUAUAUAUAUAUUCUUGCUUAUAACCCGACUGUUUCUUACCAAAAUCAGUCAUGUCAUUGUAUCAGCAGUAAUGGAGAUAAUAAAAUAUUUUGCAUGUUAAUGGAACACCGUAAUUGGUCAAACAGUGAAUAUCUGCGAAUACAUGUCCACUUCUGAAAUCUGGGUUUGUUACUCCUCCUCUCUCCUGUUUUGGAUGUUUUUAGGACGGAGAGCUGUUAGUUCGUCUUUCCUCCUAAACACUGUUCUCUCGUUGCACUGAAUAUUCGUGAUCGGACGCUCCCAUUGGACGACCGAUCAACUAAUAUCUCUUAAUAGCUGUUCAUUUUGUUUGCUCAAUAAAGUUGCUGAACUAUAA